AUGGAUGACGUCAGCUGUGACGCAGACAGUCCUCCUGACAGCCCGCCCUUCCGCCCGCCUCCCUCCGCCGCCGCGCUGGCGGACGACGACGACGAGGGGGAGACGCUGCUGGGGGUGCGCGCCGCCUUCCCCGCGUCGUUUGGCCGGCAGGAGGAGCGCGUCACGCCGCUGGAGGCCGUGCACGCGCAGACGGCGCGCGCACACGCGGAGCGCGCCGGGGUGAAGGGGAAGAAGAAGGCUGGGGGGAUGAAGUUCAGCAUCGGGUCGAGCCUGGCGAAGAGGUUAGGCGACGGGGCUAAGGCAGGGCUGGGGGGAGCAGCGGCGGUGGGAGUGGCGGGCGCUGGAGGUGUGGCGGAGGGGGGAGGGGCAGUGAGAGUAGCGGAGGGUAUGGGCGGAGAGGUAGCGGGGGAACACAACUCGAGGGAGGCUGGUGGUAAUCCGCUUAGUGGCGGUGCUGGUGGGGCAAACGGGGAGGCGGGAAGGGCGAACGGGGGCGGGGGUGGGGCAAGAGCGGCCAGGGGUGGAGGAGCAGCGGAUGGGCGGGGAGCAGCGGUGGUGCGGGGCGACGGCGAGGGGCAUGCGGUGAUCGGCCCUCCGCGCCCCCCGGGCCCCCUGGAGGACGGUGGUGGAGGGUUGAUUGGCCCGCCUGCCCCUGCUACUCGCGGCACACAGCAGCCCGGUGGGCGGAAGAAGGGCCGGGCAGCAGGGCGGCAGGAUGAGCAGAGGAGCGAUGGCAGUGAGGAGGAUGAUGAGGAGGAGGGCGCAGAGGCGGAGGAGGAGGACGAGUUUGGAGUGCCACUGAGCAAUGAGAUUGUGCUGGGGGGACACACCAAGGCGGUGGCAGCGCUGGCGGUGGACCCAACGGGCACGCGGGUGAUAAGUGGCAGCUACGACUACUCGCUGCGCUUCUACGACUUCCAUGGCAUGGACUCCUCCCUCAACUCCUUCCGCCAGGUGCUGCCGUGCGACGGCCACCAAGUGCGCGCCGUGUCCUUCAGCCCGUCGGCCGACCUCUUCAUUGUCGCCACCGGCAACGCGCAGGCCAAGGUGCGCCGCUCCCUCCCUCUUCCCUCCUUCACACACGCCAACGCGCGCUCUUCCUUUGUAAGAAUGAUGCCACAGGGUGAUGAAGAUAUUCUGAGACGUCUCGAUACUUAUUUUUUAUCGCAGGUGUACGACAGGGACGGGCGCAGCAAGGGCGAGUUCGUGAGGGGCGACAUGUACAUCCGCGACCUGCGCAACACCAAGGGGCACAUCGCUGGGCUCACCACCGCGCAGUGGCACCCCUGCGAGCGCCAUUCGGCGCUCACGGCGUCCGAUGAUGGCUCGCUGCGCAUCUGGGACGUGCGCGACUUCAAGUCGCAGACCAAGGUGGUGAAGCCGAAGCUGGCGCGGCCGGGGAGGGUGGCGGUGACAGCAGCGGAGUGGGGCCCCGAUGGCCGCAUGGUGGCUGCUGGCCUCAACGAUGGCUCGCUGCAGGUGUGGAAUGUGAGGACAGGGUGGGGGUCGCUGCCGGACCUGCUGUGUGCCGAUGCGCAUCAGAGGGGCGACGACAUCACGGGGCUCGCCUUCUGCUCCGAUGCCUCCCUGCUCGUCUCCCGCUCCAUGGAUGGCAGCAUGAAGGUGACAUGGAUGGCAGCAUGA